GUGUACACAACUCUAAUAUAUAUAAUGUGCAUUUGUUUUGUCUACAAAAAUUGUCUGAUUUAUCGUUAUUUAAUGGACAGUUAGUUGUAUAAUAAUAUCCACGGUAUUAACCAUGUAAAUCGGUGUUGUUGCGUCUGUUGAAACACGUUGAUGAUUAUUUGUAUUUGUACCAGAAGUAGUAUUAGACAUUCAACAAAAAGAGACAGCGGACAGCUGAUCCGACUCAACUCAAACCCAAAAUUAUCACACCUGCGACAAAAUAAAAUAAAAUAUUUACAAUAUUGCCACUUAAAGUUAACCAAAACGCUGUCAACAUAAACAUACAACAAUAACGUCAAUUCGCAUGGAAAUGGCGCUGCCAAGGAAUCUAGUAGCAAAGAUCUUUGACAUUAAGGCUCACAAUGAUAAGGUGACGAGCCUCGAUCUUGGAGAGACGGGACGAGUGCUGGUCACUGGAGGCGAGGAUCGCAAUGUAAAUCUCUGGGCAAUUGGUCAGGAUGAGUGCUUCAUGUCUCUAACGGGUCACAAUCGUUCGAUUGAAUGCGUUCGCUUUGCCUAUAAGGAUAAUUUUGUAUAUUCAGCCGAUGAUAUUGGCAUCAUACGUCGAUGGGAUCUAAAUGCCCAAAUGAUUUAUUCAACAUUGAAUGGACACAUGAAAAGUGUCAGAACCUUGGAUUUUAAUCCAUCUGGAGAGUAUGUGGUGUCUGGAAGUAAUGACACAACUGUCAGACUCUGGGACGUACAAAAUGAAAAUAAGUGCAUUAAAGUUUGCAAAGGACACAUUUCGCACGUGAACUCUGUGAAAUUUUCGCCAGAUGGUCUAUGGAUUGCUUCCGCUGGCCUGGAAGGAUCGAUUUUAAUCUGGGACAUACGAAAAAGCAAGCAAAUAAUGGAAUUCAUUGCCGAGCCGCCCGUUACGGCCAUCACAUGCAUUCAGUUCCAUCCAUUUGAGUUUUUACUGGCGGCAGGACGAGUUGACGGUACAGUGUCCAUCUAUGAUUUGGAACACCAGCAGCUUGUGUCGCAGACAACUCAUGUCUAUGGCCAAGCAAUCAAGUGCAUUACAUUUAGUGAAAAUGGCGAGUGCCUGUUUGUGGGAAGCGCUGCGGGAAUAUCUGUGAUUGGCUGGGAACCAGAUCGUGAAUUAGACCAUAUCAAGGGUACAUGGGCCUCAUUGGCCGACAUGAAAGUUGUUAAAAACAAGCUUAUUUGUGGCUGCCAUGAUAUUGAUACUGUAUCGAUAAAUACAGUAAGCCUUGACCGUGUGAUACCGUUCUAUAAUCCGCCCAACACUCAACAAAGUUUUAAGCAUAACUCAACAAGCCGGAAGAGUUUCUCGCGUGGCAAUCAAAAGUUUCGAUUGUCAUUGGGCGGUGGAUCAAAGCCGGCCAAAGUUGAGGAGGAGCAUGAAGACAAUAAAAGCCAAACUUAUGAUGAGCUAUCAUCACCGAACCUCAGUCUGGAGGUUGUCAAUGAGGCGGCAUUGGAACAGAUUGAGACAUCGCCAAUGUCGUCCAUACACCACAUACCACAGACAAUUGGUUCAUCCAUGGAGGCCACAUAUAAUGCGGGAGGAGGCGUAGAUGCUUCACUGAAGCAUAAUAAGUUUGCCCGAGUGCCAGACAAUCUACCAUUUAAUAUAGAAACAAAUUAUAGUUAUGGCAUGGAUAUGGGAUCCAGUCGUAUGUUAAAUACCAAUGGGCCAAGCUCAUUACAUGUAUCGGAUCUAUAUGAUAUAUAUUCGAUUGAGAAGGGUGAUGUUGAGUACAAUCCAAAUGAUAGUAAUCCACCGAUUCUAACCAAUUAUGAUAAUUAUGAGAUGGCCGAGGAUUUUCCAGUUAAUCAGAAUCAUAAUCAGAUCAAUUAUAACAAGCCAAUUAUACCAGCAGCUUCAACAAUCAAUGCCUCAUCGAAGUCGAUCAAAAAGACAACAACGAAUGUGCACAAAAGGAGCACGGCAAUUAGCAAUACCAAACAGACAUCAACGGCAAUCUUUGGCAAUAAUAAACUCGGCCAAACAUCAUCGGUUAGCUCUAUGGAAUUGCAUAAGCUCGAUGAUAAUAUGGUACUCAAGAAAUCAUCAUCUUCAAAUGUGGUUAACAAAAACAAACGUGUGAUGGGCCAAAAUCAGAGCCAGUUCUACAAGGAGAACACACAGCAAAAGAACAUUAAUGUUGAGAUCAUAACUAAGCCCCCAAUGAGAUCCCGUACAACACUAGAUAUGCGUUCAACGCAUCAAUCAAAGACUCAGGAGAAGCAUACACAUCAGCAAAUGAACUAUCGUCCAGAUUUGAUACCUACCUCAGGCAAGAAUAUGAAUCGUAAUUUCAUUGAUGAUCAUUAUGAGUUCGAUGCACUCUCAAGAUACCAUGAAACCCUUCUUCAGGAAUUGAGCAAUCGGCAGGCUAGUCUUGAUCUGUUACGUAACUCGACUCGCUCACAUGAUGUUCUUGGUGCACUGAGGAUGGCUAAAAGUAGUGGACGAUCUAUAUUUAUAGACCUACUAGGGGCAAUAAUUGAAAAACCUUCAUCGUGGAAUUUAGAUUUUUGUUUAUUUGUUUUACCAGAGAUCUAUGAACUUUUGCAAAGUCAACACAAAUUUCAUUUCACAAGAGCUUGCGAUACUUUACGUAUCAUUUUAUCAAACUUCUUGCCAACGAUCCAGGAGAAUCUUGAUUCUUGGGCAGCAAAUGGCUUGGGUGUGGAUGUUACCAGAGAGGAUCGUCAGCGGAAGUGUUUAGAAUGCCAAAGAUGGCUGUUGCAAAUUAAAAAUCUGCCCGAAACUGUACACUUUGGGUCAUCGCUGUCGCAGUUACAAAAUAUAAUAGUAUUUUAAAAACUAUUAUUUAUGCAGAUUUAGUUGUAAAUUGUCCAGCAUUACAAAUGAUUUAAAAACUAUUAUUAAUUUGUUAUUGAAACUAAUUUAUAUAACUACUAUUAACCUUUAAGACUUCAUAAUUUUCAAUUAAAAAUAUAAAAAAAACAUCCAUAUUUCUGAUA